ACGCAAUUGGGAAACGAUGACAUGUGUGUUAAUGUGGAAUAAAAAUAAAUAACUGGAGACACAGUUCACUAAUAGGUAUAGAUAAAGAGUAAUACAAAUGGCGUCCCUUGAACUACAGAGGCACAACCAGACAGUACUUGACAACUUGGAGCUAGGUGACCGGUUGCAGUUUAAGCGAGGAGUGUACAGUCACUGGGCUGUGUAUGUUGGUAACUCGGAAGUCGUGCACUUGUCUGGAGCCGAUGGUGCAGGUGGAAGUGACCUGAAGCACCCAUGCACAAUAUCUGGGACAACCCAUGCUUGUCUUAAGAGGCGACCAACGGAAUCGGGCUAUAAUCCGUGCUGUCUUGGUGACAAGGAAGUCGUGCACUUGUCUGGAGUCGAUGGUCCAACGCAAAGUGGUCUGUUUAGCUCAGUCAGUAUAAGUGGAGCACAGUUUGACAAUGGAAUUAUUCGCAAAGAUGCGUUUUGGGACGUUGUUGGAUUGAGCGAAGUGUGCCAAAACAACUCAAAGGACGAGAAAUUAAAAUACUUUGAACCAUCUGAGAUAGUACAAAGAGCAUUAUCCAAAAUUGGAAAAGUUGGGUAUAACAUCCUCUUUAACAACUGCGAACACUUUGCUACAUGGUGCCGGUAUGGCAAAGAAGAAAGUGAUCAGGUUCAGGGUCUGUUUGAUGCAGUGGCUGAGGUAGGAGAGCCGCUGUGACAGGGGCAGGGGUAGCAUUGGCUGCCUUGUUUGGAAGUGGCGGAAAGGAGGAAA